ACAGGUCUUCAGCACUAAAUCCAGAGGGAGGACUAUGUCAGAGUAACUGCGUCAUGAAGUUUAUCACAGACAUCACUAUCAUCGUUGAUGAAGCUGAUUACACAGAGCCUGGAAGAUUAAGGAAGAUUCUUAAAUCUUACAGUGCUGAGAAAGAUGGUUCCUGCUACAGAGUGGGAGGAACCUUUGAGGAACUGGAAGACCUUUCAGUCCAACUAUCAGAAGUGAAGCAUUCCAUCAUUUCUGCCACACAUGGUCAGCAAGAUGCUUCAAUUCAUAUCAAAUCGAUGGACGUAUCUGUGGUUGUUAUGACCUACAUUCAGCAAAAAUGUGCAAAAGAACUCAACAAAAUUCAAGGGAACAGUUUUGUCUUUGAAACCCAGCCUGAACAAAGAACAGUGCACAAUAACCCCAGUGGCACAGUGCAGGUGAUUAUAAGACAACAGGGUGUCUCCGCACACCCUGUUCAUGCUGAUUAUGUCAGACAAAGAUUCAUCACAUUCUACCAGAGAACUGCCUCUGACCUGCAGGUCACUUCUGUCCCCGUGAUUCCACAACAACUCAAAGACCUACAGAUGAGGUUUCCCCAAAUCCUUUUUAAACCCAGCCACGGAUAUCCAGAAACAGCUACAGGGCCCUUUCUGCACAUUGCUCAAUUGAAGAAGUUCCUUUCACAAAAUACACAAAGUUCAAGCAAGAGUCCAGUGAACAAAGGUUCAACAGACACUCCAAGCAGUAGAACCUGGGGUCCUCAGCCUAUACAAGACAAAGAUCCUAGAGAUGAAUUAUGUCCAAUCUGUAUGGAACCAAUAGCGAUUAAGGAGAAGCAAACCCUGCAGUGCAAGCAUUCCUUCUGCAAAGGGUGUUUUGAAAAAGCUUAUAAAUAUAAGCCUGUAUGCCCCACAUGUGGAAAGAUAUACGGUACUUUGACAGGGACACAACCUGAUGGAGGCAAAAUGAAAGUCUCCAAAAACAGCUCAUCUUUACCUGGAUAUGAGAAAUAUGGAACAAUUACUAUCCACUAUGACGUUCAAAGUGGCAUCCAAGAGGAGGAGCAUCCUAACCCUGGUCAGCCAUUUGAAGGUGUACACCGCACGGCCUAUCUCCCAGACUCCUCAGAGGGCAGGAGGAUCCUGGGGCUGUUGAGACGUGCCUUUGACCAGAGACUCAUCUUCACUGUGGGUCGCUCCACCACAACUGGCAGGAACAACAUAGUCACAUGGAAUGAUAUUCACCACAAAACCUCAACACACGGGGGACCAACUUGCUAUGGAUACCCAGAUCCUGAUUACCUCAGCCGAGUUGGAGAUGAACUGAAAAUCAAGGGAAUUGACUGAGUUUCUUGUGAACGCAAUAUGUCAAGAAUGUCUUAUGGGAAUUUCUUCAAAUUUGACAUAAAAAUUCACUCGGACUUAGUGACCUGAUUAGAUUUCGGUGGUCAAAGGUCAAGGUCACUGUGGCCUCACAAGUAAAUUAGUCGGUGAAAGUGAUAUCUCCGGAACACCUUGAGGGAAUCAUUUCACAUUCGGCACAAACAUUUCGUUGGACUCAAAAAUGUACUUAUUUGAUUUUGGUGGUCAAAAGGUCAGGGUCACUUUAACAAAACAAGUUUUUGGUCUUGUGAAUGCAACAUCUUAGGAACUUUUUCUUAAAAAAUUUGGUUAAAACAUUCAUUUGGCCUGAAAGAUUAGAUUUAAAAGUCAUUGUGGCCUCAUAAAACCUAUUUUUGGCUUCUUCAACAGGAUAUGUCAAGGUCAUGUCUGACUUUAGAUAAUUUCUUUAUAAUUUGACCAGUUUCCACUUUGAUUAAAAGAUGAAUUUAUUAGAUUUCAAAGGCCAUGGUGAUUGGAAAAAAAAAAUAUUUAGACCACUGCACUGGUUGUGUUAAGGCGUGUUGUUUUAUCCUAUAUAAUGAGAGAAGCCGAUCCAAGAUUUUGGUUCAAUCAAAUGUUUUAUUUAAAGAUACAAUGAAAAGUUAUUCAUAGCUAUGGACAAUUAUCACAGCCUAUGCUAAUUAAGUUAGCAGUAGGAAGAUGAAAAUGGCCCCGAACAGAAGGGGUUUGAUAUAGUUAUAACAGUAGAAUUGAUGUGAUUGGUUAUGAAUAUUUGGAGGGGAGUCACCGCAAAUCACUUUGGAUCUCCCUUAUUGGUCCAGCCGCAGUCCCACGCCUCUUGUCACCGAAUCCAGGAAGUGACAGGGAGCAGCUCUCCGUCAUGCACCUACGCUACUCUACCGGUUGCUAGGGCAACUCUAUCUACCCUGACAGUCUGAUGUUGUCUCGUAAUUCAGCCUUGAGUAGAAAGUGUCUUGCUCUAGCCAUCUCGACUGCACCAACUUAACCAUAACAAAACUCUCUUCGACUCUCCUAUCAGGACAGCUGUUAGACUGGCCAUCCUUGUGACGUACAAACAUUAUUAGCAAAUUCCAAAUAUUAAAUAUGAUAAGCGAAAGGUUGAAAAUAAUGAUUUGUAUAAGGUAAUGUUACAGACACAACCUAUAGUUAAAAGUUUGAAAUUCCUAACAGUUGGCAGAGGCAUACAACUCAUUUCCCAGAUUUCUUUCAUAAUUCCUUAUUCCUUCUUGAAUUUUUUUUUCUAUACUGUUUGAUACAAUAGAAAUGAUAUUUGAAAAUGAAUGGUUAAAUCGAUUGGUCUGUUUAAGGUAAAACUUUAUAAUGUGUAAGCAGUUAUAAACAUAACAUAAGCAGUUAUAUUACAUAACACAAAGCCACCAUUAUUUGUUUGUUAUAUGGUAACUUGUGUGUCUAAUGUUUUUAAGUUAAUUGUAUUUAUUCACAGCAUGUGGAUACUGGUUAAAUGAUUUCUUGUUGAGUCAAAAGGAUUUUACCAUUUAUCCUGUCAGCUGUAUUCCACUGAAGCAUAUAUACCUUAAAUGAAACCCAGGUAUACUUGUUUGGGUUAAUGGCUGUGUUGCUGUGCUGCCAGUGACCUUGGUGCUGGUUUCAGCUCAUGUCAGAAUCAGAAUCAGGAUUCUUUUACAGUAUAUUUACACAUACAGGAAAUUGCCUUGGUGUGGUUUGUGCAUUGGACAUAAAAACAACAAUAUAUACAUCUUGACAAAUAGACCUGGACAGAAAUUAACCAUCUUUAUUGUGCACAUGCCUUUCCUCACUUCUCCUUUGACUCUGACAGGGGGAGGAUCAUGAUUGCAGUUGAUCAUGACAACUUUGACAACUCUGGACAUUUCUUCCUUCAAAACGUAUUUCAGCCCAGCUCUUCUCCUUCCAAAACAUGGACAUUUAUAUUCCGCAUGUCCAUGUGCUUGCUUACUUUCUGAAUUAUUUAUGGGUAAUUCCAUUUACAUGAACAAAUCGAAGCACAUUUACAUUUUUAGUGAACAUGUUAUUCAGUCAACAACAGUGGACUUGACAAAAGCAGCUGCUUGCACCUUCCAGAGUGCAUAUACUGCAUAUAUACACUUAAUAUAUACUUAAUUAUUUUGUCACAGUAAAAUGGUGAAUAUGCAGUCGCUUUAUAUCUUUAAUUAAGACAUUUGUACAGAAUUGCUUUCAUAAAGUUUACCUCCACAGAAAUUGGGUAAUGGGAAACAAAUCACCCCAAUUGCCUUGGUGAGUGUGGUGAAAUUAUCCCAGGUGGCUUGAGCUUUGUAAGUAAAAGGACAAAGUUUGAUGCUGAACUUGCAUGUUUUUUAAGAUAGUGGUAGGUCAACAGCUGCUAAUGCUAACAUUGGCUAUGUAACAAAAACUUAAAUAUAAGAUUUAAUUUGUCCAAUUGGUAAAUAAGGUUCCAUUGAAACCGUACAAAACUAUUUGCGCACACACAGUGCUCACAGACAUAUGUCCUUAUAAAAUCAAUAAAUUAGCUUAAGGGUCAAAAAUGUUCAAAUAUGAAAAUCUGUUGUGUGAUUGGUCCCUUCCAAACCCUUGGUUUAUUGUAUAGGGUCAAAUACAAACACAAAGUAGAGGUACCAUUUAUUUAGAUAUCAUAAAAUGUAUCUCAUAUUCAAACCACUACUUCAGGUGAUUUUAAGUUGCAUUAACCUGUUGGUCACCCCUUCUCCCACAAUGGUUGGCUGCAAUCACUCCCAGCCCUUUACUACAUCCAUCAGAAGGAGGUUAUCUGUAAUCAGCCAUGUCUUACACAAGAUCCAUGAGCCUAAUUAGCAAAAAUUGUGUUUAAACAGAACAGUUCAACAAAUCUGAAAAGAAAAUGCAUACAAUUAUUUGAGGGAAUGUAGAAUUAAGAGCAAAGCAUAGUGAAAAGGCUGAGGUAAAUGUUGUAGAGUUGAAUAUUUUGGAAGAUGGUGUAAUUGUAACAAAAUGUCCUUUGAAUUUGUCUGAUUAAAAUACAUUGUGUAUAAAUCAA